AUGCGACGGUUCCCGCUAUCUAACACGCUUCGGAAUCUAAAAUUCAAUAUUAAGAACUACAGAGCCGUCAACCUUCGACCCACUUUCCAGUCAUCAAAUCACCCUUUCUGUACCAAUUCACAGCUUUUGGAAGCGUCGUAUUCCCAAUGGUUCAAAAAUGCAUCCAAGGAAAUUCCCGCAAAGAUCAUAACUCAGCUAACUGAGACUCUGGAUCGUCAAUAUGAACAGAACCAAUCAACCCAAAAAUGGGUAGCACUUCCUGCCUCUUCUAUGGCAUUUAGAAAUCCUGUGGACCACCAGGAGAGCUGGGAAGAUGUCCUGGCAAAACACAAAUCAUUUUCAGAAUCUGCAUUCAAGUCAAAAUUAUUCAAACUCGUUGAAACGAACAACCUACAAGAAAUUGCAUCUAACUUUAAACUGCAUGCUGACCGCGACCAAUACAUAGACACCGAGCUGCUAGUGGCCAUUAUAAAAGGGUGCUUGAAACCGGAGGACCAUAAACUCACUUUGGAAAAGUAUCCUGAACCGUCAUUAAGUGAGAAAGACCCCCAUCUCAAUUUUUUCACUCCUUACUAUGUGAAGCUCAGAACACGAAUACCGAUUUUGUACGAGAUCUGCCAACUCUACGAGCCCAAACUGUUUGGAAAUAAGGAUUUCCAAGAAAUUUACGUGCAAAUAUGCUACCAUCAAAAUGACAUGGAUAAACUUCAACAGUUGCUAUUCACCUACUUGAACCAUGAGACCUACGAUGCCACCACAUUGAGCUACGUUUUCACUUCGUUGAUCCAAAACUACGAGGUUGAGUUCACCAAGGGCUUGUUUUCUAACUUGUUGACGCUUGGCAGACAAGUGGAUCCCAUAGUGUUGGAAGUGGUGGUUUCCCAACUUGUAUCUGUGCUGGCGCUUUUUGAAAACGUUGUUCACGUUUUUCAGUCAUGGUUAAGAUCUCUGUGUGGAAUUCCCACCCCAAAGACUAUGGCAAUCUUGAUUCAUGAAUACGCCAAGUAUGGCGACGAAGAAGAAAUUGUAUCUUUGAGAAAUGUCAUUUUCAAAUGUGGCCUCGAAAACAACAUGCAUGUUCGCCUCGCGGACCUACAAUCCUCCAUUAUCAUGAGAGAGCCCACCCAUUUCAAAAAAACCAUCACAAACCAAGACCUUGCAACGGCGGAGAGUAUCCUUCAAUGUGCAAAAGAGUCUGGCGAUCCAGCAGAAGUAAAGUACUUUUUUCACCUGAUGGUGUUAUUUUUCUCGAAAUUUUCAAACUUGGCUAUGGUACAAAGCUUCAUUUCCAAAUUGCAAAAAGAUUUUCUACACGAUGACGCCAUCCAUAAGGUUAUUAGCAAAUACUUUGUGCGUCAUGACCAAUUUCUACCAUUGUUGGAUUACCUUCAAAAGUCCGAUGCCAGCUUCGAUGCCACCUAUUUGAAGGACUUGUUUGCCUCGUUCGUCAAGACUUAUCCUUACCAUGCGCAAGAAUUCGCCGAGCAAUUUCAGCAAUUUGUACGUCUGAGUGGGUAUUUUUCACCUUUGUCGUUGAGCCACAUUUUGAAAGCACUUCAAGUAAAACGCUUGGACUCUCAGCUCACCCCAUACUGCUUGGAACCGCCAAGCUUUGAUAGUCGCAAAUAUGAAUCUUCAAACUGGAAACGUAUUGAGUGGAAGCCUACCGUCCAUGGAAAGCGCCAAAGUGCUGCGAUUCAGGUUGAUUUCAGAAUUGGUCGUGGUUUCCGAGAUGUUAUGCGUAAAGGAGUGAAGCCCGACUACAAAGUGAUUGAAACGACGUUCAGAAGACUGAAUCCACAAAAUCGUGCCAAGAUAUUGCAAUACUUGAAAGCCAUGAGGUUCCCUGUUCAUGACUACGACAAGCUCGCCAUACUUAAUUUGCAAUUGACUAAAGACAAGUCUAUGCUUGAAAGCUACGUGAAAGCACAGCCAUUCGAAGAACUCAAUUCCAAUAAUAUCAUCAUGCUCGGACGAAUGCUUUUGAACAAGUCGUUGUAUCGUACCAACAAUAAGCUCUUGAACUCCAUGAGAAUCACAGAAAUGAACGAUCGCACCCAUAUGGUAUUGCUCAAUCUUCAGUUACGCAACUAUUUGAAACAAGGCCAUUACUCUCGCAUGAUAGAUACCAUCAACAGCUUUCCAAUUGACGAGGUGGUACUCAGUCCAUACUUGUACAAGCAGUGUCAAUUCAUAGAGAAGGAUCUUGUGAGAAGGCUCAAACUGGAAAAACAGAAGAACUGUGACAAACUGGAUGAGCCCAACUGUGGAGUGAAACUGGAUGACGGAAAUCGUGCACUUUCGUCACUUCGAGGUCUACUUGGAGAUAUAAGAAUACGUCUCGAUCAUGAUAAGAUUGAAGUCAAUGCCAAGGUACACGAAAUGUUCCAAUGGCUCACUACAUGGAUGGCAGACCCACGAAAGAACUAG